AUGCAGGCCUUGUGCGACCAGGUGUUUCUGCUGCCCAGGCCGCAGCUAGAAAACAUGGAGUCCUCAGGAGGAGCAGCAGCAGAAGCAGCCGACGGGAGCCCUGAGGCCACCAUGUCCGACGUCGUCGUUGUUCAUCAGGAAAAGCCUCCCCUUGGUGCUCUCCUUGACCCUGGAGCAGGGCAGGCACCAAGCUGCGAAGAGCCUGAGCUCCUGGGACAGCCGGACCCCGGCCAGAUGUGUCCACCCGCCCACUCAAAAGUCCUGCCAUCUCCAGCGGGGAAAGAGGGAGCUACGUUGCAGCAGCCGCAGAAAGCUCUCUUCCUGAGGAUAACCCUGAUCAGACGACGGACGGGCCUUCCUGAUCCUCAGCUGCAGGAGUAUCUGCAGGGAAGACUCCGUCUCCUGGAGAACGACAGCCAAGGGGCCGUGGCGGUCUUUAGUGAGUUGUCGGCCAGGUUGCUGUCCAUCCGCAGUGAAGACCACCUCAUUGCCAUCACGUUUUGGACCUUGGAGGAAAUCUGGAAGUUUAUAACUUACUAUUCUCUUGGUAAAGCCACACACAAGAACGUUUGGUGUUUUGCUGCUUGUGCCUAUUUGGGGUUUUGUCCUGAGAACGUUGAUAUAGCCGAUGGAAGUGCCAUUUGCCAGGUGGAAUCGGCAGCUCCAGAGCAAGUCCGGAACGGCCGCACCACAGAUGUCUUGGAGCCCUCGGUGCCUUUCCACCAAUGGUUUCUGAAAGCAAAUGCAGCCUCUGACGGGUUUGCCUGCAUAACUGCACUUCCAGUCACAGAUCAAGCAGGAUUAUCUGCCGCAGUCGUCAGCCAUGAAAGCGUUGUGCCGGACGAGAUCAGUUUCCAAAAAGGAGACACAAUUGAAAUCAUGGGCUAUUUCAUGAAAUGCAUGCCUUGGUUUGUGGGAAGGCAACUCUCUACAGGCCAGGUUGGCUUUGUGCAGAGCAGCUGUGUGGAGCCCAACGGCUUUGUGGCCAUCACUGCAGAACUUCCAUACAUGGAUUUCUUUGAGGAGGACGAUGACUCUUUCACGAAAGAAGAAUCCCUUCUGGAUAACCUGACCAGGCUCUUGACACAAACCUCCCAGGAGAAUAUUUGCAGCAUCUAUCGAAUUGAGAAUGACGCUGGCCUUCAAAAACCUCGUGAACAAGAAAUGCCACCUUCCUUCUUCUUUAAUGAAAAGGAGAGUCCAAUUCCAUGCAGAGCGGUGCAAUCACUAAUGAAGAUGAAGGACUUUCAACCGACUGAGGACAAGAAGCAGCAGCUCCCCACUUCCGACACGCGGGAGGAACCUCCCCUUUUGCAGAAGCCACGUUUCUCCGUGUGCCAGGAUGGUACUUUGGGGCCAGAAAUUCCUGAUUCGUUAUUGUCAUUUUUGAAUCGGGAAGGCUACAAAGAUGGCUUUGGGGGCCUCUACGACCCUCCGUUGUCCUUUCUCAAGAUGUCCUUCCGUGGUGAUGCCACUGAGCAAGAGCUGAUGGAUUUCUUGGCUCGAGCCCGGGCAGUGGCCAGACAAGCCGACCUGCCCUGGGCCGUGACGCGGCUGUGCUACCUGCUGGGGAGAAUGAGUCUCCGGAAGUUCAAGCUGUCUCAGGCUCGGGUGUAUUUUGAAGAAGCUCUGGCAACCCUACGGGGGGAUUUCCGUGACCUCCACUUGGUAGCUACUCUCUACAUCCAUCUAACAGGCAUUUACCUGAAACAGAAGAACGUGGAAAAAAGUGCUUGCUUCCUUGACAAAGCUGCCUCUUUGCUGAUGGGCAUGGCCAGCGACACAGACGGUGCAGAGAUGUCACUGGAGAUCUUGAAAUAUGCCUUGAAAAGGGCCGUGCUCAGCCAGAGCAGAAACGCCGAGGCCAGAGCCUGCUUCCUGCUGGCAAAGCAUUGCCUGAGCUUCAAGCAAGGGCAGGAACCGGCCCCCUUCCUGGAAAGGCUGCAGCAGCUGCUGAAUAUGGGCCAGGGGUUGCCCAACAGCAGGGGGUCCGUGGACUGCUACUUGAAACUUGGCCAACUCUACAGCAAGAAGUGCCUGCCCCGUCUUGCGCUCAGCUGCGCCAAGGUGGUGACUUCCCACAGCUCCUGUUCUCUGCAGGAGCUGUUCAGGAGCAUCGAUUUGGUGUUAAGGAACGCCUCCGCAGUCCACAGUCCCACACCUGGGGGACAAACGCACCCUUCCCUCAUGGCCUUUUACCUCAGAGAACUGCUUAGCAAGCUGGAAGGGAGCAGGGGCAGCCAGAAACUGUGCAGCAUCAUUUACUAUGAACUUUCUCAGCUGCAUAGCCGAUACAAGCAGUACGAAAAAGCCAUCGGUUACAUGGAGGAGGUUCUAGAGCUGAAUACGAGUGCACAGGUGGAAGACACUGUUGACCACUUCAUUUUCCUGAGCUGGCUCUACAUCCUCCUUCAGCAGAACGACACGGCUCUGCACAUUUUAAACGCGGUCACAGAGUCCCCCUGGAGCACCCGCCAGCAGUUGGGUGUCAUCCAUAACAUGGCGGCCAUUAGUCUGAGACGGCGGAACCAGCCCAGGCGAGCCGCGGAGAGCUACUUCAAAGCUCUGAGCAUUUCCAGAGAGAUGGGAAUCGUGGCUAAUGAGGCGGUGGCUUUGGCCAACCUGGGCAUCUUGUGCCUGCACUCGUCUGCCCAAGGCCUGGGGGAAUGUUUCUUGAUCAAAGCCAUCCAGCUCUUCUCCCAACUCUCCAGUGGAGAAUGUGGGGGGAACUUCGUGGCCAUCCUCCUCCGGCUGGGGCACCACUAUGCCCGUGGGGUUCAGAAGGAGAAGGGGCGGAGUUGCUAUGAGUGGGCCUUUCUGGUCGCGAUGGAACGUGAGGAUGUGGAAGGGCAACUCCAGGCUGUCCAGCAUCUGUGUCAUUUCUACAGCACGGUUGUCCCAGAUCCGGCGCAGUGUGUCCUUUACAACGAAUAUCAGCUCACCUUGGUUAGGAGGAUGUCUGACAAGGUCACGGAAGGGCAGGUGCUAGAGACCAUCAGCCAGCUCUAUCUGUCUCUGGGAACAGAAAGGGCCUGCCGUUCUGCCCUGGACUACCUCAAGAGAAGCCUUGGGAUAUUCAUCGAUCUUCAAGCCAAAAACAAGGAGGCCCAGGCCUGGCUCCAGGCAGGAAAGAUCUACUACGCACUGCGGGAGAAUGAAUUAGUUGACGUUUAUAUCCAGGUUGCUUACAACACGGCUCUGAGUUCCCAGGACCCCAAUUUAGAAAUGGAAAUGCUCGAAGCCUCAGGAGACAUAUUUUUCAACGGACAGUGGGACAAGGAAAGGGCAGCGCCCUUCUACAGGGACAAGGCUCUGCCACUCGCCACGAAGGCCAAAAAUGGCAGCGCUGAACUUCGCCUCUUCAACAAGUUGGUUGGGUUGUUCUUGACCUUACGGAAGUAUGAAGAAUGCCUCGGAUACGCCCAGACGUCGUUAAUCCUCAGUGUCGAUUUAGGAGACCAGCUAAGUGAGCGAGUGGCCUACCACCGCCUGGCGGUCAUCCACCAUCACUUGGGUCAGUGUGAACUGGCUGAGCAUUUCUUCCUCAAAGCCGUUUCCCUCUGCCCCUCCCCGCUGGAGUUUGACGAGGAAGCCCUCUAUUAUGUCAAAGUGUACCUUCUCCUGGGAGACAUCACCUUCUACGACCUGAAGGAUCCUUUUGAUGCCGCAGGAUACUAUAAUCUGGCCCUGGCUGCUGCCAUGGACUUGGGGAACAAGAAGGCACAACUGAAGAUUUACACCAGACUGGCCAUAAUUUACCACAAUUUCCUUAUCGACCGAGAGAUGUCCCUCUUCUUCUACCAGAAAGCCAGAGCCUUUGCCACGGAGCUAAAUAUUUGCAGAAUCAACCUCUCUCCAGACCAGCCUCCCAGGAGGAAGGCCCCAUGAGGCUCUCCCU